AUGCCAAGGGGUAGACCUAAGAAAAAAGCUAAAGCAACGCAAUCGGCACCUGAACCGACGGUACCUGAACCCACACAAACUCACUUCAUGGACCACGAAAUCCAAUCAUUGGAGCGACAAAUCGGUGAGAUUAGGACUGUUAAGGAGGUUAAAACCAAACACUUGCUGGAAGAUUUGCGAUUGCUUCGCUCAAGUUUCACCGAGGAACAACUCCAGAAACCCGUGUUAGAGAUUUUUGAACAAACUCUUCCGAAUUUGUCCAUUGUCAAUGAUAAAGAGAGUAACAAAUGUGAUGUGACGUGGAAAGAUAAAGCGCCCAUGUCUAUGAGCAUGAACUAUGAUGAUGUGCAUACUUCAUUGUUUCAAAGGUUGUCCAUGGUUUAUCCUCACUGCCCCUCUUCAGUUCCUCAUUCUACUGGGAGAACAAGUUUUGUUGGUGCUGGUAAUCUGCAUUUGAAGGAUUUUGUUUUGGAGGAACUAUCUGAAGCUCAAACUUUAACAAUGCAAGAAGGUCUUGAGACUCCCGGAGUGAGUAGUCAGAGGAUGUCUGUUGGGAUGACGCCCAAAACACUCAGACUUCCCAAGCCUGGCGAGAUGCUUCUCUCUGUCCAUGGAUCACCCCUAGGUGCUUACAAGGACAAUAACAUGGAAGCCAUACAAGAGUCAGAAGAGAGUUGA